AUGAACUUCGAUAUUCGAAAACUUGAAAUCAAAAUUCGAACAAAAUCACAGCACGCAGACGCUGCGCCUGUGCGCGUGCGUGCGCCUGUGUGCGAACCCACCCUGCGUGCACGUACACGGCCCGCGCGGGCCCCGCCCCUCGCUGCUCACACGGCUGACUUGAAAUCAGAUGGCUCGGCCAGUCGCAAGAUAGGGGUGUGCGAUAGGGGUGUCGGUGUGGUGUUUCCGUGGCACGGCAGCGGCGUGGCUCUCCACGGGGGCUGGGGGCGUGCGGCGCCGGCGCCCGCGCACGCCGCCACGCUGGUGGGUGGACUGGUGGCGCCGCCGCGGGAACCCACCACGGCGGCCGAAGCUUUUUGGAAAAUGCCACAUAAAGAUGAGCUGAUGCAUAGCGCAGCGAUGGGCGGUGGUGCGCUGUUCGGCUGUUCUUCAGCUGGGCACAGCGGCAUCAACCAGCUGGGAGGGGUCUACGUUAACGGCAGACCGCUACCUGACUCCACGCGGCAGAAGAUAGUGGAACUGGCGCACUCGGGGGCGAGGCCCUGCGACAUCAGCAGGAUACUCCAGGUCUCCAAUGGCUGUGUGUCCAAGAUUCUUGGAAGGUAUUACGAGACGGGGUCGAUAAAGCCGCGUGCGAUUGGCGGGUCCAAGCCGCGGGUCGCGACCACUCCCGUGGUGCAGAAGAUCGCGGAUUACAAGAGAGAGUGCCCUUCGAUCUUCGCGUGGGAGAUCAGGGAUCGUUUGCUGAGUGAAAACGUGUGCAAUAACGACAAUAUUCCUAGUGCAGACAUAGCCCCACCUCUGGAAGCCGAACGUAGAAACGUGAACCUACACAAGAGACCGUUAGCUGCGCAUGAAAUUUUAGAUGCUUUAGAAAAUGUUUCUGAUAAUGAAGAAGAUUAUAGAGAACGACUGAUAUGUAUUCUACCUCCUCCUGUUGAUCCUGACUGUCUCACUGACGAAGAUUCGGGUGAAGAAGAUAAUGUAACUUUGAAUAAUUUGCCACGAAACAUUCUGCUUCAACCGGCUGAAGUAAUGAUUCAAGGGCAGAUUAUGGUAUCAUCAAUAAACCGGGUAUUACGGAACCUUGCGUCGCAAAAGGAGCAAGCUGCGUCCGCGCAGAAUGAUAGCGUAUAUGAAAAGUUGCGAAUGUUCAACGGCCAGGCGGCCACAGGGUGGUGGUAUCCCGGUUUACCCACGGCACCAGCGCCGACCAUACCAGCACCUUUACCGCCACAACUAAAUCGGCCGGCUGAGGAGCAUAAAAGAGGUAGGUAUUCCUUCCACGGGUCUAUCUUCGUUUGGCUAUUUGGGCGAUAG